GAAUGCAAAUUAAAAGAGAGUCAUACAUAUAUAUAUAUAGAGAGAGAGAGGCAAACUAUGUAUAAUGUUGACUCUGAUGAGUGUGAGGCAGAUUGUGAGAAUCCUGGCCAAUGCCAGCGUGCGCUAAGAGUCGAUGACUAUGUAAGCUCCAAUUACAUGAACAAUGUCGUGCACGACCUCGAGGAGAGUCAAUGGGACGUAUCCGAGUCGAGACCCUAUCAUCUGGACAGUGAGGCAUGGAAUGCCAAUGACAACAUCGAAACUCCGCUGGCUGCAAACAUGUACAGAAACAACGCUCUGGACUUUGAGAAUCAACAACAGGAACCGAAGAUGCAGUCCACGGUUCUACUCUUAUUUAUUAACCCCCCAAACAGCGACAACAAACCAACUGCAAACCCUUUGAAUUAUGCCCGUCAACCGGAAGCGUUUAAUGGGAACAGCAGUCGUCCAGAUCGAGCAAGCUAUCCAGAACGCAGGCCUAGCGGUGAGGUGCGAUCAACCAGUAGUCAAAUGGAAAACGAUCCGUUUGCUGUGACCUGCUUGUGUCAGGACGACUCUGACCAAUGGUACGAAGCGGAGCCAAACACGGUGCAGUGCCAAUGCAAGCCAGCAACUGGCUACGAUUCCGAUUCAGAUGAUUUGGAUGAGAAAUGGCAGUUGUCCCUCGCAAAAUACAGGGAAAACGAGGAAGCAGGAGCUUCGAAAACGAAGUCAAGCCAGAGGGCAAAAAAUUCGAAACGCGGAGACCAGAAAACUUUUGGCAAGGCAGCCACAACGAGCCGGAAAGCCAUGGGCAGGAAGGGGACAGCAAGCCAGAAAGCAAUGGGCAGCGCAGCAGCAACAAACAAGAAAGCAACAAGCAAGAAAACAAACGACAGAAAAUACGCAUUCUAUAAUCGAUUCUCACCGCCGCCUUUUGUGAUCGAGCCAAAGCCUCGCUGCUGCUGCGGGCAGCGUCCGAUGUGCUGGAAUCACUGCGGCUGCUGCUGUCAGUAUUAGGGGACAUCUGUGCAUAU